AUGCCGAGCAUUAGACCCCCAGCUUGGAAGCAGACUGCCACUCUCCAGGUUACAACCAUCUGGAAAGGAGAACCUUUCUUAUGUUUUUGCACUAAUUUAUUAUCUCUUCUUGAUAUAGUUUUUUUCAUUUCAGGUAGCUGUGAAGUGCAGACCCUUAACAGAGGCAGAACGUCAACAAAAUCGGCAUAUUGUUCACGUUACAAAUAAUAAGGUCUAUAAUUUUUCUCUAGAAACAUGCACUUUUUUGCUCAGAGGGUUUUUUUUCUUUUCACUCCAUUGAAGAAUCAUUGUUAAUCAUACCGCAGGGUGUUAUUGUUUUGGAUCCUGAUUUGUCGAAGGACUACCUUGAUCUCAUCCAAAAUCGAACUAAAGAGAAGAGAUACAGUUUUGAUCAUGCAUUUGGACCUGAGUGCACUAACACGGUAUGCAAACAAUUUUCUCAUCAAUGACCAAAAUUCUUGUCUCAUAUUUUCUCGUGGACUUCUGAUUUCGGCCAACAAGAGAAUGAAUGUUAUUAUGACCUUAACUACCAGUUUAGUAGAUCCCUGCAAUCUCAGAUAUUGUUUUAAUGAUCGUUGUUUCUUAUGGAGAUUUUUUUUAACUUCACCUUAUUACUGCAUAAUGAUCCUUCGUUAGUCCUGUAAUGUGUAUUCUUUGGUUUGUUAGGGAGAUGUAUAACUGUUUUAUUUGCAAAAGAGUUGCCCUAUCAUUGGUAUAUUAAUAAAUGUCUUGUUGUUGGAAGUUUCUCACGUCAUAAAGCUCUUAUCAAUGAUAGCUCUCUGCUAGAAGUUCUAAUCAUGUCUUAAUCUCUUUAAAAAUUGCCCAGGAUGUGUACAAAUGUAUCUCCUCUACAAUUGAUGGGGUUGUACAGGGCCUCAAUGCCACUGUCUUUGCAUAUGGGGCAACGGGAAGGUAUUAUUCUGUCUUAAAAUGACUUGAAAUGGUAGCAUUGCUAUUAUUUUAUUAGAAUGUAUUUGUUCACUUGAGAACAUUUUCUAAUGAAAAGUAAAAGAGCGUUUUCUUCUUCUUGUGGCAGUUUGUUUUUUUAUUUAUCCACGUCAUUUGAUCACGCUUGCUUGAGCUAUCCUCCGCCUAUUGGAUAGUCUAAUAUGCUGGUCAAAGUUGCCUUCAUGUUGCUUGGUAUUAGACCCAGACCGUGUGAUGUAUGGGUAGUCCCAAUCAAAGCGUAAAAUUCUGUCAAACGUGACUAUACUGGUCUUACUGUUUCAUUUGCAUCAUUUAUCUGUGAAUGAUUGUAUAUUUCACAGUUUAAUAAAAUAUCCAUAAGCUUUUCACUGGUGAAUUGUCAUGGACCUGGUACUUUUAACUGUCAAUCUCUAAUGCAUAUUUGAUAAAAUGCGCCAAUAAAGUUGUGUCCGCAUAAGAAUCAUGUAUUGCAGUUGUGAUACUCUCUUCUUCUUUUCUUUUUUAACUAAUGAAUGAGAUUGCCCUUCUCCGUCUAAAAACGAGUUUUUGUUCUGACCUAAUGCUUUUUGUUCUGCUGAUGUUAUCCAUUUUAUUUACGUUUACAUAAAUACUUCUAGAUUUGUAUCAUAUGUUUAACGUCUCAUGUCUAGAAGCUUGUAAUUAUAUCAUUAAGAAACCAGAGGACCUAAUAAAGUUAAUCUUUUUCUUAAAGUUAAAGGACCAUUCAAGGUUACGCUAAUGUAAUGUCCUUUUACAUAUUGUGAUUUCCAAGUAAGAAUCCGGGCAUCGUGUCAUAUGUAUUGCUUAAGUGAUCCUCAUCCUCAUCAGAAAUGGGGAAUGUGAACACACCUUCGAUCCUUUUUGGUCUUAGGCUGUGAAUCAUUACUGCUUAUCCUUGGCAUAAUAUUAAAACAACGAAAGCUCCAAAAAUCAAGCCAUAUCCACAGGCUAAAGAUUGACCACCUCAGUAUGAUUCUAACUGAUCUUUGUUGGCUACGAUACUGUUUUCCUAUGAAAAAGUUGACCAAUGGUUAAGACACUUUGGAUACUUAUGAAUAACAGAAUUUCCGCAUAGAUGAUUACUAAUUUUGGCUUUUGCCAUUGUCAUACAGUCAUGUUGUAUCUUAGAUUACGAAUUUGUUCCCACAAGUCCCCAAAUCAGCAGUGCAUUGGAAGAAUAUGGCCUCCAAGAAUAAUACGGCUAUGAUUUUAACCUUAGAGGGGGGGUUGGAUGCUUGGUGUGCAUACCAUUAAUGUUUCUCUUGUGCAUCGGGCUGCAUAUGUGAUUGUGGGGAUUUUUAGGUGCAACUUCUUAUACAGCUGAGCAGAACUUUUGUCAUCAACAAUUUGUAGUACAGUUUUCAAGUAAGUCAAAGUCUUUCUUUUUUCCAUUUGCAUAUACAUUCGCAUAAUGGGAUUUACAUGUAAUAUGGGGAAUGAAGUUAUGAGAAAUCUAAAAAAUGUACAUUAUUAUCGGACAGUAAACAGCGAAAGAAUUAAUUAUUACAUUUUCUCUGAGUGGCCAAGUUUUUCAUUAAAGUUUUCAUUUUCUGCCCUAAAGACAAGGUUGAUAUCAUUAUUUGAAUAUCGACUGCCUUUUGUACACUAACUAAUGCAUUCAAAGUUUAAAGUGUUGCCAUAUUUUUGGGAAAUCGACUAUAAUGCUGUGUUUUCAUGUAUGAAUGUAAAUUUAAACAGUUUUAUGAUUGAUAUCACAAGAAUCCAAUGCAUGUAUGCGCAUAUUCCUUGGGUCAAAGAUAUACAUUAUGAUUUGCUUUGCACACAUAUGUUACAGCUUCUUGUCUUAUUUGUAUUUCCAGUGGGAAAACAUACACAAUGGUCGGGACACACAAUGAUCCUGGACUUAUGGUUCUUAGCUUGCACACAAUCUUUGAUCUCAUCAAAAAAGAUGAAAGCUCAGAUGAGUUUGAAGUCUCCUGUUCAUACCUAGAAGUAUAUAACGAAGUAUGUUCCUGAUUUUAAGACAAUGUCUGUCUGCUGAGCUUGGAUCAUGUUAAAGCCCGUUUUCCACUAGUCUUUAUCCUUUUUUCUUUCACGGAAUUCUAGGUUAUAUAUGAUUUGCUUGAGAAGUCUUCCUCUCAUUUGGAGCUAAGAGAGGACCCUGAGAAAGGAAUCGUUGUUGCUGGUCUCAGGACUAUUAAGGUUUGCAUUAUCGUCCUUUAAGCAUUAUUCUAUAGCCUUUCAAUUUCAUUUUUCUCUAGGAAAAAAAUCAAAAGGGAGGUGAGUAUUUUAUUUAAAGGGAUAUUAAUAAGAAAUAAGUCAUAACUUUUAUACUCCCAGUCAAUUGAGAAUAGAGAUCAGUUACACUCAUUUUGCCUACCAUAGAGAAACUGGACAAUGUUCAUCCUUUUUGUAAUCAUAUUAGGCACAUGGUCUUUUGUAUUCACAUCUCUUGAGAAUCUAAUUUACCUUGAUAAAGUAAUUGUAAAUUUAUUUAUAUUUGGUCUUGUCACGCUGCAAUGUAUUAUUUGCGAGCAAAUUGUGGAGGAAACAUGACUACGACGGACUUCAAACGAUGGAUAGCUUAAUCUAGAGUGCCACAGAUGACCUCUGAGAACGUGCCAUUGUGUAUGUUUUCUCACUGGAAAACAUGCCAUUGUGUAUGUCGGACUCCUUGUGUACCAUGCAGAACGCAUAUUCCUGAAUUCUUGUUGAUAGUCAGUUUCCUGGAGGAAAGUUUGACCAACAGCAGAUCCACGCAUGUUUAAACCCUCCUCCCUCUGAUACAGCUAGAUUUAGUCGGGUACUCUCUGCUCACAGGUCUCAUUGCUAUGAUAUCAUUAAGAUAAAAGAAGGGCAAGAUAAGAGAAUGCGGACCAAAGAAAAGGAGUACCGUAUCAAACUUUUUAAGAUCCGUGCUGCUACUCUCAGAGUUCGUAUAUUAGGGUGAAAAACAGAUCACUACGAACUGCACUCUUAUGGGAUAAAAGAGUAAAAUGCCUUGUUAUAAAUGCAAAUAACUGAUAGACAUUAGCUUUUAUACCUUUCAAACCAAGUGUGCAUAUAUUUGUUUAGUUGGACAGAAGCUCUCUGACCAGCUAUAUUCAGAGGAAGAGUUGCGCGCACUUUACAUUGAAACUCUGCACCUCUACUCAAAAAGUUCUGAAAAUGAUAAUUUUGCUCGUCACAAUAAUAUGUUAUCAAAUAGUGGGAUGUUUGAAUUGUCGGUAGGACACUAACGUUCGUUUGAUUAUAUUUUUAUUUCGACAAAAAAAAUUUCAUCUUAUAUAAAUUAAUAUUAAGUGGAAAAAUUGCAAUCAUAUGUCUGCUUGCGUUCUUGAUUUAUGCAUUCUCAUACUGGAUUCCAUAGUCAGCCAUCUCUUAUCAUAGAUAUUCUUCUUUUUUCCAUUUUUUCAGGUCCAAUCAGCUGAUAAGAUAUUGGAACUUCUAAACAUUGGAAAUAGUAGGCGCAAAACAGAAAGCACGGAAGCAAAUGCAACUUCUUCACGGUGAGCUAUGGGUACAAUUCAGAGUCAUCAGAUUAAUUUGGAUUUCACAUUGAUGCUAUCAGAAAAUUUCUGGAUAUUUGCUUUUCAUUUCAAUUAUUUAUUUCCAUUUGACAUUUAUCCUUGCAAACUAUGCAUCAAUUUACAGUUUUCUGUUCAGGUCACUUGACAUUUUGCAAAAAAAAUCCUAUAGUGGGGUGCUGGUCAUUCACAUUGAUGAUAAUAACAGCCUAUUGUAGCUACAAUUUUCCAUUGGCAAUAUUGAUCAUCCAGUAUGUCAAGGUACCCCAUAUGAAGUGGAAACACACUUUCCUUCCUAGAGCUGUGAAGUUCAGUCCUGUUGGACACCAAAAAUAGACAUUUUACAAAGUUAUUUUCACAAAUUAUUAUCUCCUCUAAUGUUCUAGGCAUUGGAGGGUAAUCUAGUAUGCAUUUGUUGAAGAAAAAACCGAUAGCACUCACAUUAUUUUCCCCUAUUCAACUCACGUUUGUGCAUGCUUUCUUAUUACAUGUUUCAUAUUUAAAUUCCUAAACAUGUGAAGUCAUUGCAUGUCAUUCUAUGUCAACUGGAAGCUACGGUAGAACUUAUGAUGCAUUGGUCACCACUCUAAUUUGCAAGUCGAAUGCUUCCUUAAACAGGUCACAUGCAGUCUUGGAGAUUACUGUGAAAAGGAAACAGAGAAAUAACUACAGAACUCAAGUUCUACGUGGAAAACUUGCACUUGUUGAUCUUGCUGGGAGGUCUUUAACUACUCGAGAUUUUCCUUGAAUUUUCAAUUAUUCCGUGUUUAUUUAUUUCUCUGUCCUUGACGCCCCUCAAUUCUUUUACAACCUGCUUCCCUCAGUGAAAGAGCAUCAGAAACCCAAAAUGCUGGUCAAAAGCUAAGAGACGGGGCUAAUAUCAAUCGCUCUCUUCUUGCCUUAGCUAACUGCAUCAACGCUUUGGGCAAGCAACAUAAGAAGGGGCUUGCAUAUGUUCCUUACCGCAAUAGGUAUUUCUUUACGAUUUUAAUUUUGAGUAAUUAUUACAAGACCAUCGAAUGUACCUUAUUUUUUUUAAUCUCUUCAGCAAGUUGACACGGAUUCUGAAGGAUGGUCUGAGCGGUAAUUCUCAAACAGUUAUGGUUGCCACUGUAUCACCUGCAGAUGGUCAGUAUCACCACACCGUUAAUACAUUGAAAUAUGCUGAUCGAGCCAAAGAGAUCAAAACGCACAUUCAGGUGAUAGAAAUUGUCCUUGGAGUUUGAAAGUCUGAACAUUUUGGUUGACUUUUGCAUGAAACCAAACAGACAAGAUAAUCAGUUUCACACAUUUCAUAUGGCCUUGUCCAGUGUAGUAGUUCCUUUUUAUUAUACCAGAUUAUGAUCAUCCGAUUCUUCCACAUGGAUUGCCUGGUUAUAUCUGGUGGAUACCAUACUAUUUAUAUCUAUUUGGGUCGAAUCUUCUGACCAAAAGUAUUAGACUUGCAGUGAAGUGAGGCCAUUGCUGACUGUGUUCUAAUAUGUCAGAAAAACAUUGGACCGAUUGAUACCCAUAUCACGGAUUACGAAAGAAUGAUCGACAACCUCCAGGUAAACUUUUGGGAAAUAUUUUAACGUUUUAUAGGUCAAAGAUGGUGCCCUAAUUCUGGAUUGUGAUUUCAAUCUUGCAGGUUGAAGUAUGCCGAUUAAAGAAGGAAUUAGCAGAGAAGGAGUCUCAGUUAUGCAAAAAACCAGCCGAGAAGACUGCAGACGAUGAGCUCUCUUGGUUAAAUUUUUUGAGCCGUGAGACCAGUGAAAAUGUUCAGGAACGCAUAAACCUUCAAAAGGCAUUGCUAGAGCUUGAGGAAACCAACCUUAGAAAUCGGAUUGAGCUUCAACAUCUCGACGAUGCUAUUGCUAAACGCCAGGUCUGUCCAUUGCGGGUUUUUUUUUUUGUUUUUUUUUUUUGUUCAAUCUUUUUGCAUUACUAAUUUUUUUUUGGCGGAGAAUAUUUUUCUGGGUUCAUAGUCGGGUGUAUUAAUUGACAUUAUACAUUCUAAUUGCUUCUAAAUCUUCAUUAUUUUAUUAAUUAUGUCACUGGUCAACUUUAAAACAAUAAAGAAUCCAUUUUUAUCUUCCCUGCAUUUCUAUCUUUGGCUCAUCUUUGAUGGGUUGACUUGCUACGUUCUUGCUCAGGCCGUUGAAAAAGAUGGGGCGGUCGUCCAGGCACUGACCCUGAGGAGGCAAGUCAUCCUGGAUAACAUCCGUGAUAACGACGAGUCCGGCGCCAUGUACCAGAAGGAGAUCGAGGCAAACGAGAAGCAGAGGCGCCAGCUCCAGGACAUGAUCGAGGAAGCUGUCAGCAGCAAUGGCAACCGGACCUACCUUAACAUCCUCAGCCAGUACCGCCUUCUUGUGAGCAGAGCUGAAGAUCUCUCCAAUGGAUUCAUUCAUUACCACCGCUGUUCUUGACGCUGCGAUCCCGCGCUGCAGGGCAUGACGAACACCGAGCUCCAGUUCGAGAUCGCCAUGAGGGAUCAGAUCAUCCACAGCCAGAGGGAGGCGCAGAGGAACCUCUGGAACAUGCUUCUGGGGCUGGGCCUGGAUCAGAAGCAGCUGAUGGAGUUGGCGGCCAGACAGGGAGUCACCAUAGAAGACUGGACGGCACCCUCGGUGGGCACCGCAAUGCGGCUUCCGUCAUCCCCCUCCGGGGCCUUCUGCAGGCAGGAGCACCAUACCUCCUACUGUAUGAUGUCUCAGGAGAAGCUUGCGCCGGGCAGGUGCGAGCUCCGCCCAAUGCCGCGAAGACAACAACGGCAGCAGCAGCAGCCCAUUUCAUCGUCGUGCCAGAAUUAGGUCACCAUCUCUCACCCUUGCUCGUGGAUUACUUCAGAGGAUGAUCCUCCAUGGAUGAGAGUUCUCACCUUGUGUCCCAGAUCCCACAGCGUCUUCACCAGCUCGCCGCCGGAGUUCUCUAGAGGGCUGAGGCCUUUUAGCCAUCCUCUCCCCCUGAGCACGCGGGUCUCGCCAUUCCUGCCUCCUCUUUCUGUCAGCCUUCGGCGGAGUAAGCUGCCGUUGUAUCAUGCUGGUUCUUGCUUCCUCCUCCCUUCUGUUCUUGCAGCUUCUGGUGGGUGGGGGGGGGGUCCACUGUCAAGAAGGGUUAUUUUAAUUUUUACUUUGCUCCCUGAAAAACUCUAA